AUGGCUCCUCCUCAGGGUCUGUUGACAUUCAGGGAUGUGGCCAUAGAAUUCUCUCAGGAGGAGUGGAAAUGCCUGGACCCUACUCAGAGGACUUUAUACAGAGACGUGAUGGUGGAGAAUUAUAGGAACCUGGUCUCCCUGGAUAUCUAUUCCAGAUGCAUGAUGAAGGAGUUCUCAUCAAUAGCAAAAGACAAUACAGAAGUGAAUCACACAGGGACAAUGCAAAGACAUAAAAUUCAUCCCACUGGAGAUUUUUGCUUCCAGGAAAUUGAGAAAGAUAUUCAUAACUUUGAGUUUCAGUGGCAAGAAGAUGAAAGAAAUAGCCAUGAAACACCCAUGACAAAAAUAAAAUGGUUGACUGGUAGUACAGACCGAUAUAAUCGAAGGCAUACUGGAAAGAAGCCUAUUAAAAAUCAGCUUGAAUUAAGCUUUCAUUCACAUCUGCAAAGACAUAGGAGAAUUCAUACUGGAGAAAAACCUUAUAAGUGUAAUGAUUGUGGCAAGACAUUCAGUCAGAUGUCAUCCCUUGUAUACCAUUAUAGACUUUAUACUGGAGAGAAACCUUACAAAUGUGAAGAAUGUGAUAAAACUUUUCAUUUCAAAUCAAACAUUGAAAAUCACAGGAUAAUUCAUACUGGAGAGAAACCUUACAAGUGUAAUGAAUGUGGCAAGGCUUUUAAUCAAAAAACAAGCCUUGCACAACAUCAGAGAGUUCAUACUGGAGAGAAACCUUACAAGUGUAAUGAAUGUGGCAAGGUUUUUAAUCGAAAACCACACCUUGCACAUCAUCAUAGAAUUCAUACUGGAGAGAAACUUUUCAAGUGUAAUGAGUGUGGCAAGACCUUCAGUCAAAAUUCAGUCCUUGUAAUUCAUAAGGCAAUUCAUACUGGAGAGAAAUCUUACAAGUGUAAGGAAUGUGGCAAGUCCUUCAGUCAGAAGUCAUCCAUUACAAGCCAUCAUAGACUUCAUACUGGAAAGAAACCUUACAGAUGUGAAGAAUGUGACAAAGUUUUCAGUCACAAAUCAAGCCUUGAAAAGCAUAGGAGAAUUCAUACUGGAGAGAAACCAUACAAAUGUAAGGUUUGUGACAAAGCUUUCGGGCGUGAUUCACACCUGGCAUGACAUACUAGAAUUCACACUGGAGAGAAACCUUACAAGAGUAAUGAAUGUGGUAAAGUUUUUAGUCAAAAAGCAAAGCUUGCAUGGCAUCAUUGAAUUCAUACUGGAGAGAAACCUUACAAAUGUGAAGAAUGUGACAAAGUCUUCAGUCAAGCUUCAUCGUAUGCAAAACAUAGGAGAAUUCAUACAGGAAAGAAACCUCACAAGUGUGAUGAUUGUGGCAAAGCCUUUCCUUCACGUUCACAGCUCAUUACACAUCAGAGAAUCUAUACUGGAAAGAAAGCUUACAAAUACUGUAAGUAAAAUAUCUUCACUGUGAGGUCACUCCUUGAAGAACAUCAGAAAAUUCAUUCUUGAGAUAAUCGUUGCAAAUGCCAUGAGUAUAGCAAACCAUCACACGUUAAUUGA